GAGAGAGAGGGAGAGGGAGAGAGAGGGAGAGAGAGGGAGAAAGAGGAGGAUCGUUGUUUCUCCCGACCCGGAGGGCUGAGUUAUUAAAGGACCAGAUCGCCUCUCUUCGUGGAUGUUUGAGUCGUUCUCUCAGGGUUAAGGUUCUUCUCUUAGGGUUCCAUUCUCUUGGGUUUCCGUUCUCUCCGUUCCCUUCGCUGCUGAUCGGUUCGUCUCUUUCCCAACACGUCGCGGAGAUCUUUCUUCUUCUUUCUUCCGAACUUCCUUCAGCCAUGCACCGGGGAGCUGUGGUGUUGCUGCUCUGUGUCGUGGCCUUAUUGUUCUUAACGACUGAAGGUUUUAUUACAGGUUAUAAGUGCCGAUGCACCAGAAAAGGUCCUAAGAUUCGUUACAAGGACGUCCAGAAACUGGAAAUCAAACCCAAACACCCCUUCUGCCACGAGAAGAUGAUAUUCGUCACCAUGGAGAACGUGUCUCGGUUCAAAGGUCAGGAGUACUGCCUGCACCCCAAACUCCAGAGCACCAAGAACCUGGUGAAGUGGUUCCGCAUCUGGAAAGACAAACACAGGGUCUAUGAAGCUUAGAGCAUCUCAGCUCUACGAUCACGAUACUUGGAUGAAACAACUGUAGGCUUGUGUACUGUGAAGUAUACAACACAUAAUUCUACCCUAAACUCUACCCUUAACUAUCAAGACCCUAUCCCAAGACACUAACUCUACAUCGGGACCCUAACCCAAGACCCUAACGCUACAUGUAAAACUUAACCCCGGACCCUGUACACCGACCCCUAGCUGCUGGUUGAUGAUCAGAGCUGCCAGCAGUUAUACUAUCACAUCCCAUCCCUGUGAUCAAUGUGACCCUAACCUUAACCACAAGGGGCAGUAUAGAGUUUAUACUAUCACAGCCCUUUCCUGUGAUGAAUGUAACCCUAACCUUUAACACAAGGGGCAAUAUAGAGUUUAUACUAUCACAUCCCUUUCCUGUGAUGAAUGUAACCCUAACCUUAACCACAAGGGGCAGUAUAGAGUUUAUACUAACACAGCCCUUUCCUGUGAUGAUUGUAACCCUAACCUCAACCACAAGCAGUUAAGCGUUUCCAACCCCAAAUCGACCCGCCAAGCUAAUCCUAAAACUGAAUAACGAGAAAGAAUCUGAUAAAUUGAAAUAUAAUUUGGAGAUAUAAUAAAGCAACAUACAUGUAUAUGUUGGGAUUUCACUGUGUAUGUGUAGAGCCUGGACUGGCCAAGGGAAAGGUUAGGAAUAUGAGCAGGGGCGGAGCUAAAAACUCUAUUAUCUAGGAUGGGCAGAGCCAUUUCUAAAUGCAGACAAUAAAAACGCUUGAAUCUUUACUCGGGAAUUGUUCUUAAAAAUGCAAAUAGUGACAUUUGUGUCAACAUCCAUCAAUCUUCUUGAAAAGCCAUUUUUUUGCACUCUUAAAAUGAUCUAUGUGAUGUAACAAUCUACUUAUAUUAAUAAAUAUAGAAUUAUAGAACUAUAUAGAGCCUUGAGAACAAGGCCUUUAGAAUAACAACUUGUUGAAACGCAUGCUUAGCAUAUCCUAUUCUCUUCACUAUUUCAAUAAACUCAUGCUUAUGUUUCAUGGUAGCUGUUUCCUCAAUAUAUUGUGAAAUGUCUCUAAUGUUUAUAUUUCUAUAGAUAUAGAUUUCAGAAUAUAUAUUCAGUAUAUUUAAACAUAUUUUCUUUACUUAAUGUGCAUUGCUCUCAUUUUAAAUAAGACUUCAACAUAUAAAGCCUUUGGAAAUACUGUUUAUUUUUGUUAUUAGCUCGUCUAGUAUAGGAUGAUAAAUGUAUUCUGAGUUUUAGUGUUUCUGUUUAACUUUCUUUAAGUGUAAAACAAUAAAGUGUGGAUGCUU